AUGGCUGACAUUGGUCACAGUAUUUUACUGAAGUUUUUCGUCGAUAGAUCGAACAUGUCCGAAGCAAAGCCAGAUAUAGAAUCCAGUGUUCCCAAUAGCCAGGAACUCCGAGGUUCCUCCAAUCUUGAGCAGAACACCGUUGAAGAGCUGGAAAAUGCCGUAUACUCUCCAGUAAUUACAGUAACUAAAGAAGAAACCUCUUUGACAAAAGGAGAUUUGAAGGUCCACAAAGUAGUGGUAUCAGAAGACGUUUCGGACGACUCGAUAAAAAUUAAUAGAUCAACCAGCGUUAUUGAAACGAGAGGAACAAAUGAUGAUUCAAGAGUGGAGAGCAAAGUCUAUGUAUCUGUCAAAUCAGAACAAGGAAGUUUCACUACCGACAAUGAUAAGAAUAUUUUUAUGUUUGAAGGUGUUAAUGGAAAUGAUGAUCAAAAGGUCUCAAGGAAAACUAGAAUACCGAAACGAAAGUUUAAGCAAGCUGUUGACAAAAUUAAAAAAGAAGAACAAAUCAUUCAAGAAAGAAUUACCCAUGAUGAGCCAAAUCUUGACAUCAAAAUAACAUCUUCUAUACCAAGACUAAAAGAAAUUAAAGAAAUUUUUUUUAAACACAAAGAAGAUUCUCAAAAACUCGAUGAUGAAUUUGAUAAAUUAUAUGAAGAAACUAAAGACAACAAUGCGGAUGUCAGGAUUUCAACACCAGAAAGUCUAAGAGAUGCUGAAAUAGUUGAUUCCAUAUUUGAGGAAAUAAUACACGCUUAUGAUGAAAAAGUAGAAACAAGUACUGAAAAAGUACAUAUUAAUACUGAAAAUAUAGAGAAUAAUAAUGAUAAAAUAGAGAUGAGUACUAAAAAAGUACAAAUGAGUACAGAAGAAAAAACGAAUACUGAAAAAGUUGGAAACGGUUCGGAAAAAGUAGAAACAAAUACUGAAAAACCGAAAAGUAAAAUACCACUACUUAAGCGUAAAAGUGAACAGGAGAUUAAACUACCAAUUAACAGGCGAAGCUCAUUGAAAAAGAGCAUUUCAAUAGAUGACUCAAAAAUUCCGAUACAAUCAAAAUCGACCGCUAAAAUCGAUUUAGCACAUACCAAAAACCCUGAAACUUGCUCUACAAUAAAUAAAUUAGAGUCUGAUUUAGACAAAAAAACUGAAUCAUUUGAAAGUAAAAUGAUUAUAAAAACUAUAAAAACUCAGCAAAGUAUUGAAAUGGAACACUCAAACGUUUCUUCUAAAGAGUUACCGACUACAAGUAACGAAGUCUCAAAAUGUAAAAUUCCAGUGAAAUCACAUACAAAGGAUAAAAUACAGAAACUUAAUUCAGCUACAUUAAAUAAACUCCCGGCUAAAUCAAAUAUUAUUGAGAAAAUUGUAAGCCAGCAUACUACAAGUGAAGUUUCUAAAUCUUCCCUUGACACAGAAGCUAAUGAAACUCAUAGGAUUUCAAGGGAUUUAAUUGAAAAAGCAUUACAAGACCAUCAAGGAGAAACAAGAGAUAUUAAAAAUAGUGAAAAGAUUGAAGAAAAAUUGACCAAUCAACAAAUUUCAGCCCAAGAAAAUCAAUCUAUAAUAAAUACAGAUAAUAAAAUUUCCCAAAGCGGAAUUAGUGUAAGUGAAAAUAGUCAAAUAUCUUCUAAUGAAAUUCAAGAAACCAACCAUAGUACUAAUUCUCAAACUGUUACAAGAAGUUUUACAGUAACAAGUACUCAAUGGGACAAUUUAAGCAAAAACUUGUUUUCAAGUGAAAAUAACCACAUAAAUAUGGACUUAGCUUCUAUAAAAAAUAGUGAUGAAAUUAAAGAAUCAAUUAAUGAUAACAAUAUAAUAACUGAAAUCUCAAAAACUGAUGUGGAAAGUCAAACUAUUAAAAAGACAGAAAUUAAAGAAACUAUAAGAGUAUCAACUCUUGAAUAUGACAGUUCAAUUGAUUUUAAAACUGAAAAUACAAAUAAUAAUGAAAUAAGCGAUUCAGAAGAUAGUUUAAAUAAUUCCAAUAUCAAAAUGAAAGAAAAGGAAAUAAUAUCAAAUAUUAUUUCUAAAGAAAACCAUAAUGAAAUUAAAUCAGAUAUGACAGAGCUAGUCAAAAGUGGUGAGGCUCACAAAUUAGAAACGAUCAGAACCGAAACAAAUUUAAUUGAUAUCCAGAAAAAAGACAAUACAAGCUUUAAAAAUAAUGAAGAAAGUGAAAAUAAAACUAGUGAAGAUAUUAAAACAAAAUCCGAAAAUACAAACAAAGUUAAAUAUGAUUCUAAAGAAAUAAACAAUAAUAAAAAUUUUGAAGCUAAAGACUAUUCUAAAAAUACAUUUAUUUCAUUACACCCAAAUUUACAAACAGAAGGCGAAUCUAAAACAAACAACAGAGUGAUAGCUCAAAAAAUAGCAAAUCGAAUCGAAAGUAUAACAGGAAAUAUAAACAAAACAGAUAACAUUAUAAAAGAAAAUAAAGUUACCGCAAAUAAACCUCUUAAUAUUGUCAGUGAUAAGCUUAAAGAUGAUAAAGAAAUAAAUAGCAUUACACUUAAUGUAAAUAAUAAAAUUUCAUCCCAAAUUGAAAAUAUCGAUGAAUUAAAUGAAGAAGACAUAAUAAUUUUAAGAGGAAAGGUAAAUCGAAUAAUAAGUCGCUUGGAUUCUAGAGAAGUAAAAAUAGAAAAAACAGAGAAUGAUAUACCAAAAAAUAUAUCUAUCGACUCGAAAAUUGCUAUUUUUGAAAAUAAUGAAUCAGAAAAUCUCAAAAAUGGUUUACAAAAUAUAGCUACUAAUGAAACUACAGAUGAUGAUAAACCAAAAAUCGUUGACGAAAUACUAAAAUGUAAUGAAAAUAUUAUUACUGAAAAAACUAUAACAAGAGACACUAUAUUGGAUAUCUAUGAUAAUAAUAAAGAAAAUAAAUUUGAUUACCAUACAGUAUUUAAUAAAGUUCAUUCGUCUGUACUAAGAAGAUUAAAAAGUUUGGAAAUGAACUCAAAAUUAAACUUAAAAGAUGUAAUUAAUCAAGAAAAUUUAAUAGAUAAAGAAAUAAAUCAAAAUAUAUCAAAACCGAGCGAAGGAGAAAAGAGAGAAAUAAACAAAAUAUAUGAAAAUAUAUCAAAAAUAAAUGGAGAAGAACAAAGAAAAUUUAAUAGUAUAGAAGUAAAUAAAAAAGAAACUAUCAAAGAUGAAUAUAAUAGAACAAAAUCAUUAGCAGAGUUACAUUUUGAAGGUGACAGUGAUAGAAAUAUUUUUGAUAAUAAAAACAAAAAGAAAUUACAAGAAGACAAAAGAGCAAAAUCUCUGGCGCAAUUAGAUUUAGAGAAUGUAAUGAAAGGGAGAGUUAGACAAAUGGUUCUUAGAAUGAAUUCUAUAGAACAAAUAAAUAAGGAGAGAAGAGAGCUGGAAAGAAAUAGGCCAAAAAGAUCGGUCUUGUCAAGAGCUGCAGUGUUCGAGAAGAAAGUAGUUCCAGAUAAAGUGGAAAAUGUGACAAAAACCGAUAGAGGGCGGUCAAAUGAGAAAGUGCCAGAGAUCGGUCUAAUAAGUGAAGAAGAAUUCCAAGAGAGAAUAGCAGAACUUAAUUCUGCGAAAGCAAAGUAUGGGAAGUGGGAAAAUAUGCCGACGAUUGAACUGAGGGAUGGUUCGCUCAUGCCUGUACUAGCUGUUGGUACGGCUUUGCUCGAACCAAAACUAAUUAAACACAUAAUAUCAACUGCAAUCGAUCUCGGGUAUAGAGCUAUCGACACAGCAUUUAUUUAUGGAAAUGAGAAGGAGAUAGGAGAAGCUAUCAAGAGUAAGAUAGAAGAUGGCACAGUUAAGAGAGAGGACCUCUUCAUCAUCUCCAAACUCUGGAGCACGUUCCAUCGCCGCGACCUGGUUGAGACGGCGUGUCGCCUUUCCCUGGAUUCCAUGGGGUUAGAAUACUUCGACCUGUAUAUGAUACACAACCCCAUGUCUUUUAGGGAAGGCUCGAACCCACUGCCCAAAAUCGCCAACGUGCUCCAAUACUCGCAAUACGACUACUUAGAAGCAUGGUAUGGAAUGGAAAAUGUUGUAGCCAAGGGUCUGGUGAAGAGAGUCGGCCUCAGCAACUUUAACUCGGCCCAAGUUGACAGGAUCAUAGAGAAAGCGAAGAUCAAGCCAGUGAUUAAUCAGGUCGAAUGCCAUCCCUAUUUAAAUCAACAUAACUUGGAAGAUUUUUGCACCACUCGCAACAUGAAACUUAGCUGCUUUAGCGUGUUGGGAUCUAAGGGGACCCCUAAGGAUCUGAAGAGUGCGACCUCCGCAGUGAUUGAUGACCCCUUGGUGCAGGUCAUGGCUGCAGGGUUAGGAGUCACACCUGCUCAGUUGCUUAUUGCCUACCAGCUACACCAUGGCCGUAACGUAGUGGUAAAGUCUUCCACCGGCGCCCACCUGUGGGACAACCUGCGAGCGCUCGACCUGAAGCUCAACCAGACUCAGGUGUCCGCCUUAGACGCGCUUAAUAAAAACAAACGCACGUUUACUUUUAAAGGGAUGGGUGAUACUCACAAGAAUUAUCCCUUCAAAACUGCAUUU